UUGGCGAGAAGAAAAUGAAUAGAUUGCAAUCAAAAGAUGUGUAUCUAGCGAAAGAAAAUUGUAAAGUGAUUGACAAAAUUGUGCUGGCACUAGAUAGGGCCAUCAAUUACCAUCAAAGUGAUCAAAUUGCUGAUGCGCGAAAUGCUCUAAGAUCUCUUUUCGUAGUAUUGUUAAAUAUUCAGCUACAGGAUCUUGAGGUGCCAAACGAGGAUGGCCGGCUAUGGGAAGUUUUAACUUGGGGAAAGGAGCUUUUCCUCGAGGGUGGCGUCAGUUGCUCAAUCAAACACGGAACGUUACUGUUAGAUUCAAGUUAUGCCGGGCAAAAAUACCUUCAGGAGAAAAUCAGAAGUUCUCCGAUCAAUCAAGUAUCCUCACCCAAUGACUCAAGUAUCCGUGUGGAAGAGUUUUACUUGAGCGUAUUAAACGUUCUGGGGGCGUUCGCAUUGUUAAUCUCAGAGCUCGAAAUUGCUCAUGAAACAUUUGAACUGCUGGUAGAUUUUCAUCAUCAAUUAGCCUCCUCUAAUUCCCCUUUACAAGACCUAGGAGCUGCUUACAACAACAAAGGAUGUAUUUCACUUGUUAAAGGAGAUUUUCGCUCGGCAACCGAAGAAUUUAAGAAAUCACUGAGCUAUGUGGAAUCCAGAAAGCUACGACAACUGGAACGUUCGUCCACGGAUACUAAGUCUGUUGCAGUGUAUAGCAACAUUAGCCGCCUGCAUCUGAUAUCUAGGAAUUUUAAUGAAGCCCUCGAGCUACAAGAGCAGCUAAAGAAUGACUGUGAAGCUAGAGAGAUUAACGAAUUACCUUUUCAAACUUCAUUUAUGAUGAUGAGUAAUCGGGCGGUUUUGUAUACUUCUUUUGGUAACUUUAACGAAGCAGAAAAAGCUUUAAAAUACCUAAAAUCUUAUUGCCAUAGGACGGAGAGAGAGGACUGUAAUCACCUUCUCAAUUUUGUUCGUCUACAUCUUUGCGAAGUACUGCUCUUACAAGGAAAAAUCAGGGAGGCCGAGGAAGAAUUUAGCCUUGAGAAAUUAUCUUCCACUUCCUUCACAAAUCUUGUUGACAUGUUUGGUGGCCUUUACAUGAAUGUAAGAAUUGAGGCAUUUGAAAAGUUAGUGGAGGUGUUUAUCCGUCGAGGAAAAAUCCAAAUUGCCCUGAAUCUAUUAGAAAAAACCGUGGAAAUUAUCAAAACGAGUUUCGGAUCUGAUCAUUUAGACCUUGCCUCGCUGUUGUUCAAGCAAGGUUCUAUUCUGAGCCUCACGGGAAACCUAACAAGUGCUGCUGGGAAAUUUAAAUCCUCUGCUGACAUAUUGGAAAUGAUGUUUGGUCAAAGGAAUCCUCUCCUCAUCAAAUGCUACAUGUCUCUUGGUGAGCUUAAAUCGAGAUUGAAGCACAAAGAAGAAUCACACCUGUACUUCCAACGAGCAGUUGAAAGCUUAGAGGUCCUGUACCAAGUUUCAUUUGUGAAUGAAUUGUCCAUAACGUACAUGGAGAUUACGAAAAACCCCAAAAAGUCUCCAAGAAGUGAAGUGUCUGAAAUGAUGAUUGAAGGUCUGGUUGCUGAGCAUGGACAAGCAUUAGCCGUGUUACUGCAAGAAAACAACCCUCAUUUCAGAGGAUCCAGGACAGGCAAAAAUCUGCUUUCUGGAGAAAGACUCGGAAGUGAAUGUUUCGCCUCAAAGGUAAUGAUUUCUCAGAAAUGUGCCGUUGACUUUUUGCAGACUGGACAGAAACUGCUCCGGCAGGGAAAGAAAGAGGAAGCUGCUGCAUUUUUCGAGCAAGCAGGGGCGCAUUGUGAGGAACAUCGUUCAAAACAGGGUCAUUCAAAUGCAGAGCUAAUUCGGAUGCAUAGCUUACUCCUAAAGAAACAUUCUGGUGAACUGACAGCCGACCGAGAUGUGAACAACACUUUAAAAGAGUUCAGCAAAGAAAUCGAGGAAAAUGAAAAAAGGAGUAACGUCAAACAAACCACAAGAGAUGCAACAAACACAGAGUUUGACCAUCAGUUCAACCUGCAGCUGUUCGUAAUUUUCCUCAUUAUGAUGUCCAUUGAAUUGAAAGAGAUUGACACAACCUUUGCAGCAUACGACCUUUAUACAAAACUUUCACCAUACGAAAACGAGUUUCAUUUUCUGCUCAAUGAUGGCAUUCAAGUUUUUGCUUCGAAAACGUUAGUAACUUGCAAUGGGGAGACUGCAUUCCAAGAUAUUCUGGUUUCCUCAGCAAUUGGUCCGAAAGAAAGCAUCGCUGAAUGCCCUACUCCUGAAGAAAAGGUUUUCAGAAGUUUGUCUUACAAGACGAAUACCUCGUCGAAUGGGUUUCUGGUUACCUGCAGCUCGCCUGUCAUUCUUGAUAUCGAUGAACUUCUGGUAUUGAAGAGGAGUAUCUCACUUGCAGUCAACGAAUGUUUUCAGCUAAAGUGUUUUGAAAGUGAACAUGAAGACGGUGGAACCCGAGUAAUUGUUGACCUAACCUUAACAGCAGCGUAUGGCCACUGUAGCAUCAUGUCAUAUGGCAGUCGUAUUGAGCUCCUUCCUCUUUGUUUGACGGAAGAUUUUCAAGUCGGAAUUUCGCAAGAACAAAGCAUUUUUGAGAUUCAAACCUCAACGUGGCAAGAGGCUAAGUGCAUGAUCUUUGCAGAUGAGCAAACAAGCAGUUACAUGUUUAAAACUACUGUUUUAAACCUUCUUCGGGAGUGCCGCUCCGACAAAACGUUAACACUAGCGGUACAAAGUCAUAGCAUAUCCAUAGCGAUUCGUCAACCAGUGAAAGCACGUCUGAUGUUAUCACGUGACGAGAGGUCGAUUAAGCGAAGAAUCAAGUUCGUGGCAACAACAACAGUGAAAAAGACAGCAGCAACUCUUGCGAUGAAAGGAUGUAAUACUCAACACUACUUCGAAGCUUCAUGCCCUAAAAGAGUGGCCGAUGUGAUAUCUUGGCUUGGCAUCGAUACCUUAGCAAAGAAGUAUCAAGUUGCGUACCAAUCAGGAAUUCACCUAGAAGACCACCUGGAUAACCCAGUCGCACAGAACAAUAAGGUCCCGCCGGAACUCAAGAGCUCAGACAACGAUUCAAAAAGCAGCCUCAAAAACAGUGUUGCACAGUGCCUUAUUGAAGUUCAUGAGAUAUCUCGAUUGCUUGACGAAGAGCCAUCUCCAGUUCAAGAUGAUGACAAUGUAAGUCUGGGUCUUAUUGAAGAUGACAAAGGAUUCACAGAUAUUGGAUCUCAAACUCAGACAGACCAGGAACGCAUUCCUAAAGAAGAUAAGGAUGUAAGUUUAGUGGACCUAGAUGGAGGACAUUCUACUUUUCUCCGAGGUCAGUUAUACCAGGAUCCUAUCUCUGAAAACUCGCAGCAAUCAGAAACAACAUCAGAUGAUGGUCCCAAAAGCCACUGUCCAGCUUUGACGGCUCCCUGUUGUGCCCCAAUUGAAUCGAGCCCACAGACGCGUGAAGAAAAUUCCACGCAAAGAGCAGAAGCCGGCGAUGAAACCUGGAUGGGUAGGCAUUUGUUUGAAAGAGAUAGAAAAUCGAGACGCUUAUUUAUGGCUGACCUUCAGGGAAGUUUGAACAAAAGAAAAUCGGAAUUUAAAGAGAGCUCCUUUAACUUUGAACAAAGUGGUGAUGGAGUGUCGAUCGAUUCAAACAGGUCAUACACAAGUUGUAUGUUCAGUCUUAAAGAAAGCCAAAACGCCAAUGACGGUAGUGUCAAUUAUCUUGGGAUUCCGUACUUUCAACAUCAAGCUAAAGAAGAAAACCAAAGUUCCAAGUUCUACGUGGAAAGGGGGUGUAACUCCUUCGAAGCAAAUGAAGUAGCAAAAAUCGAUGAAGGCGCUCCGACGGUACUUAAACUUACUAAAGAUCCAGAAUCGCCAGCCCCAUCUAUAAGUAAUGCACAAGACCCCACUAGUCUUGAAAUACUAUCAAAAAGUAAGCGUCUGAAGGAUGGACACAUUUCUUUAGAAGAUGAAGAAUCAAGAGUCAUUAAUGGAAAUUUUAAAGCUAUCGAUGAGAGCGAAACCACAAGAAGCCAAAGACAAUCAGUCAAUUACUUGGUUUUAGAACACACUGACGUUGUGGAUGGACCCUUGAGGUCAUUCGAUUUUGAACGAGAGAGUUCCAACAGACAAGAAAGGUUUGGGAAGCAUUACUUGCCUCGCUCCUCAAGAGCAUCCUCAGUUAUGAAGCCAGUUUACCAUGACGCUUCUUUUCGAUACCCUUACCAAGAUGACGGUACCUUCAGUAAUUUGAGGCUUCCAAACGUUCAAGCUGAGGAACGAAGCCAAGAAUCGACGCAUGCCUGGGACACCGAUCCUAGCUCAAAUGACUGCGAGGCUCAAAGAAAACAACUUGAGAGAGAUUGGCUAUCGGGAGUUCAUUCCUUUAUCAAUUCCCAAGACUCUUCAAAUCCAGAAGAACAACUAAAAUCUAAGCUGCUGGAAAACGAAAACAGUAACUCAUCUGAAAGGUCUCCAGAAAAUGAUUUCCCCAUUCACUCGAAUAAUGAUUUUCAAGACUCUGAUAAGAAUGAAACUGCUGAAAUUUUUAGAACAAAGGCAAGCGAAAUCUAUGUGGUUGAAAAAUCGAUAGGUGCAUUCGAUUUUUCUAGAAAAACACAAGAAAACUAUAUGGAAGCCACUACGAUGGCCUAUGGACCCGAACCUAAAUUUGAGGAUAUCUUAGAAGCUCAUCAAAGCCAUCCAGCCAUGAGAUCCUCAGACAGCUUUCAAGCAAAACGCAUACAACUAAGUUCUUUUGAGGAAGCAAGAAGAAAAACGAUUCCCAAUUUCACUGAAGGGGAAAGGAGACCUGAUACAUGCAAUGAUCAUGGGGGAGCAAGGCCAAAACGAAAAUUAAAUGCCACGGGGAAAGGUAUGAUUAUACCCACAAAGACCAAUUCAAAGUCAUAUCCUAUUUUUGUAGCGCGUCACAUUAACCAUGAUAGCAAUCCGGAUUUCUCUAUCAAUGCUGAUAACUGUGAUCACGCUUCAGUUGAAGGUCAUCAGCAGAACGAUCACGACCAAUAUUUCCUUUUACCUAAAGAUCAUGGGAGUUUCUCCUUCGCAGAAAAAGAUGCAUCUUGCGAAGAAGGAUAUUGUCAAUCAUGCCAUGUCUCUGAUGAAGGUAGGAUAAGUUGCCCUCAGAGAGACCUCUUUAUGAAAAAAAACCGUUUCAUGCCUCAGUUAUCGCCUAUGAGUCAGACAGAACGCCCUAGUUUGCCAUCUCGUGUGUGUGAUGAAGAUUUGUCACUGGUGCUAAGGCGACAUUGUGUUGACGAAGAGGAACCUGUAAUUUCUGAGCCCAAGUCAUUAUUUAACAGCCCUUAUUCACGAGAUGCUGUCAAUGGUGUGAAAUCGACGGUGAACAAAUAUGACAGCAGUACGAAAAACAUUGACUGUGGACUUGCCCAAAUUUCCACUAGUGCUGAUGACGAGGUUUCAUUUAUAAAGCAUUCUUCAGGUUCUCUUCUUGGAUCUUUGCAACAAAUAAUGGCCCAAACUGUCCAGCUUGUCGCGUCGAGCGUCACUCCCGCAAACAAGGCUCAACGCAGACUCCAGUCAGUCGAAAAGGGGGGCAUACAAGAAAAUGCAAGAGAUUUUAGAGAGCAAGAGGUGUCCAUUCCAUCACCUAUCAACGAAUCAAGUAAUCAAGAGGUCUUUACACAAGUCAAUGAGUCCACUUUAGGAGCUGAUCGUGAGCAACAAUCCAUAGCCACACCUGUACAGGAGACUCCACGCCCUGUUUGCAGUCAUUAUCAACGCCGAUGCUUGGUCCGGUUUCCCUGCUGUGGAAAGUUCUUCCCUUGCCAUCGUUGCCACAACGAGUCUGAUUGUACUGAGGAUCAGGCAAGAGCAAUCAAUGCCACACAUAUACGCUGUACUAUCUGCUACAACGAACAAGUGAUCGAUGAAAAUAGCCAGAGGUGCGGCUCCUGCAACUCGAAAAUGUCUGAAUAUUUCUGUGCAACAUGUAAACACUUCACGUCGGUGGACAAGAAUCCUUUCCAUUGCACGAAGUGUGGGAUCUGCAGAAUCCAUAGCGACAGAUCCUUCCACUGUGAUGUUUGUAAUGUAUGCCUGGACAAACGUCUUGAAGGAAAACAUAAGUGCAGACCUGAUUCGGGACACGAUGAAUGCUGCAUUUGUCUGGAGGAUGCCUUCAGUGGCUGUCAAAUUCUACCCUGCUCUCACAAGGUUCACAAAGACUGUGCAAUUGCAAUGAUACAAAAUGGGGUCCGAACGUGCCCGAUAUGCCGACAUCCGUUGUUCGGCCAACUUCAAACUAGUCCUCAGUAACAAUUAAAAAAAAACGAUAAUGCAAAUUGAAAUAACUAUACUCAAAAAAUAGAUCACGAAGAUAAUGAACGUCUCACUCAUGCAGAAAUUUUGAAAUCAAAGAUCGAUUUGUGACUUGAUUUUUAAUGCUAACUUGUCCAAACUGUUGCCAUGGAUGGAAUUUUGUAGUAACUAAGAUUGCUACCAUAUCAAUAUAUUUUAUUUUUGAA